AUGUCCAUAUAUUACAAUGUAUAUUCAAAGCCAGAGAUGUUCGACAAUUACAAGUCCUCAGCCGCCAAUAUGUCGAAUUCAUUAAUUCGUUCAGCAAAGUCCAGGCUCCCUAUCAAAACACUUGCUGCCAUCAGGCAUUAUGCUGCUCCUGGACUCGCUGAAAUUCAAAACGAUCCACAAAAAGAGAUCAUCCGACGCGUUCUCUAUCCCGCGAAUCUGCGGAAUAAGGCGACACCAACUGGUACAUGGCGCCCCGACGUGGGACGUGCCCUGCGUCUUGCCAUUCCAUCCGUUCAAGCCCACGAAACAAUAGAGCGCGCGUGGCUCCUCCAUAAACGACAUAUCAGAAAGGCUCGGGAGGCAGAGACGGCUAGGAAGUUUGAGUGCAUGAAGAGAGCCAUGGACGUUCUGCAUGAGGUGGAUCAGAGGUUGUUUAUGGAAGCCAACAAGAAGGAUGACCCGCGUGCUAGACUUCCAGAGGAGGUGGAAGCGAUGAAAAAUAUGAAAGUGUCCCAUAUUCGUGCUUUGGAGGCCCGGAUACGUGGGCUCUUCCCUCGCGAAUUACGGAUACCUACGGAUACCCCGUCGCGUACAGGAUGGAAAUAUGAGUGGCAAGCUAUCAACAGGCAUAUUUAG